AUGUGUGACGACGAGGUUGCAGCUCUUGUGGUUGACAAUGGAUCCGGAAUGUGCAAGGCCGGAUUCGCCGGAGACGAUGCUCCCCGAGCCGUCUUCCCCUCGAUCGUUGGACGCCCCAGACAUCAGGGUGUCAUGGUUGGUAUGGGUCAGAAAGACUCCUAUGUAGGAGAUGAGGCCCAAUCAAAAAGGGGUAUCCUGACCUUGAAAUACCCGAUUGAGCACGGU